AUGCUUCUGGUGCUCUACAAGGAUGCCUUUGCUGUUGGCUACACUUGGCUCUAUGCAAGGGUGAAGAAGUGGCUGCAAAGCUCAAGCAGGACUCUGUGCCACAACACACAGUUGCUACAGACCUGCUUCAAGGAAUGGGGGAAAACAAAGGUGGAAUUAGGAAAGCUCAAGAGCUGGGAAAGGAAAGCAGCCAGCCUUGCACUCAAGGGUGUGGUCAUGAAAGGAAGCCUGUGGAUGGAUAGCUUUGAUGCACAUCUCAAGGGGAAGAGCACUGUCUCCCACAAGUCCCCAUCUUGGUUGUUCAAGUGCAAUUCUCCCACACAGCAAUUCAUGGUUCUCCAAGAUGCUGAAGGAGUUGUCUGCACCCUCUGGGGAGGGUAUUCCCCCAAGGUUUUCAAUGGAGACUUCCUCAAGAUGAACCAAGAUUGGAUCAAGCAGUCCCUUGCU